UUUUCGUAAAACAAACAAAAAAAUUUUGAGUUAAACUUCAUUUAGGUUAAAAAAAGUCUAUUUUAAUAAGAUUUUAAAACAUGUCUAAUCUCAUGGAAGUUGACAACGAAAACGAUUCUGAAGAUUUACAUAACAUGGAUGACGAUGAUUUACCAACUUGCAGUAAUAAACAUAAGGGAAAACGUUUUAUAAUUAAAAAAUGGCAAGCACAAGCUUUAUGGUCAUGGGAUUUAGCUGUUGAUAAUUGUGCCAUAUGUCGUAAUCAAAUUAUGGAUCUGUGUAUUGAAUGCCAAGCGAAUCCUCUAUGUUCGAGUACAAAAGAUGAAUGUACCGUUGCCUGGGGUACUUGUAAUCAUGCAUUUCAUUUUCAUUGCAUUUCACGUUGGUUGAAAACGCGUCAAGUAUGUCCAUUGGAUAAUAAGGAAUGGGAUUAUCAAAAAUAUGGACGUUAAGAGAAAUUGAUUGUUAUUGAUGUAUUUUUAUAUUAUGGAAUUGUAACAUUAGAAUCGACAACGCACUUCUGAAUUUUGGAUUUAAAACCACGAAAUAAAGAAAAAAAGAAUUGAUAAAUUUUAACAAGUAA